GAGUCGCUGGGUGGCGGUAUACGGGCUCAAGUGGAUUUGCAGUCUCAAUCAAGCGCAGAAGAAAAAAUAUCUCAAGAUGGCGGACCGAGGCUACAGUUUUUCUCUCACUACAUUCAGUCCUUCGGGUAAACUUGUCCAGAUUGAAUAUGCACUGGCAGCGGUAGCAGCAGGCGCACCCUCAGUGGGCAUUAAAGCAACCAAUGGAGUUGUCCUGGCAACAGAGAAGAAACAGAAGUCCAUUCUUUAUGAUGAGCAGAGUGUGCACAAAGUGGAGCCUAUCACAAAACAUAUUGGCAUGGUCUACAGUGGCAUGGGGCCAGACUACAGAGUCCUUGUUCGGCGAGCUCGCAAGUUGGCACAGCAGUACUUUCUGGUUUACCAGGAGCCAAUCCCCACGGGACAGCUUGUGCAGAGAGUGGCCUCUGUGAUGCAGGAGUACACACAGUCAGGUGGUGUACGGCCUUUUGGAGUGUCAUUACUCAUCGCUGGAUGGGAUGAGGACCAUCCAUACUUGUUCCAGUCAGAUCCAUCGGGUGCAUAUUUUGCUUGGAAGGCCACUGCAAUGGGAAAAAACUAUGUAAAUGGAAAAACAUUCCUUGAAAAAAGGUACAACAAUGAUCUGGAAUUGGAAGAUGCUAUUCACACAGCCAUCCUAACACUCAAGGAGAGCUUUGAGGGUCAAAUGACUGAAGAAAACAUUGAAGUGGGAAUCUGCAAUGAGGCUGGCUUCAAAAGACUCACUCCUGCAGAAGUUAAAGACUAUCUGGCAGCCAUUGCAUAAUUAUACCAUUCAGUGACAGGACCACAUUUUAAACGGCACUUAAUCCAACAUGGACAUGACACAUUGUAGUGCUGUGUCAUGUAGUUGUUUGGUUUUUGUGCAGCAGAAAAUAAGCCCUCAAAUUUUCCACUAAAUAUCUAAAGAAAAAAAUGAGAAUUCAAAUAAAAAAAAAAAGAUUGAUAAACAUACAUUUGUAUUAUUUCGUAUUAAAACAGGGAAAGUCACAAAUCUGAUUCAUUACACCUUAUAAUGCGGUUGGUGUGAGAAUUAUUUAGUGGAAGUUAUGAGUGCAUCAGGUUGUCUGUUGGUUUUACAAUGUACUGUUUUCAAAAAUUAAAAAAAAAGUUUGUAUUUCAUUUGUCAUUCAUUGAAAUAAAUUGAUUUGGUGUUCACA